GUUGGGGAGUUCUGGCAACCCACCUCAAGGUUUCAGCUGCAUCACGCAGGUCUGGUCAUACAUACUCCGGCGUGUUGCAUCUACUCUACUAUCAGGUAUCUUCAACAGUCAUGGCUGAUGAGGGAUAUGUCGUGCGUAUCAGGGGUCUCCCAUGGUCCUGCUCAGUGGAUGAAGUACAGAGGUUUUUCUCAGAGAGCAAAAUCAUCAGCAGUGGAACUGCCAUCCAUUUCACCUACACAAGAGAGGGGCGUCCCAGUGGAGAGGCCUUUGUGGAGAUGGAAACAGAGGAGGACUUGAAGAUUGCUGUGAAAAAGGACAGAGAAACGAUGGGCCACAGAUAUGUAGAAGUUUUUAAAUCCAACAAUGUCGAGAUGGACUGGGUCAUGAAGCACACGGGUCCAAACUGUCCAGAAACAGCAGGAGAUGGGCUCGUCCGGCUCCGAGGCCUUCCCUUUGGUUGCAGCAAGGAGGAGAUUGUUCAGUUUUUCUCAGGGUUGGAAAUCGUGCCAAAUGGGAUAACAUUGCCGGUGGACAUCCAGGGGAGGAGUACGGGGGAGGCCUUCGUGCAGUUUGCUUCACAGGAUAUAGCUGAAAAGGCUCUAAAGAAACACAAGGAAAGAAUAGGGCACAGGUACAUUGAGAUCUUCAAGAGUAGUCGCGCUGAGGUGCGGACCCACUACGAACCCCAACGGAAGCCCAUGGGCAUGCAGAGACCCGGCCCCUAUGACCGGCCCUCUGGUGGUCGCGGCUACAACAUGAUGGGCCGAGGGGGAUCCUAUGACAGAGUUCGUCGCGGAGGUUAUGGAGGAGGUGUGUCUGAUGGACGGUAUGGCGAUGGCGGCUCUUCCUUCCAGAGCACAACAGGCCACUGUGUCCACAUGAGGGGCCUUCCAUACAGAGCCUCAGAGACAGACAUCUACAAUUUUUUCUCGCCAUUGAAUCCAGUGCGGGUCCACAUCGAGAUUGGUCCAGACGGCAGGGUAACCGGGGAGGCAGAUGUAGAGUUUGCAACACACGAGGAUGCAGUGGCAGCCAUGUCCAAAGACAAAGCUAACAUGCAACACCGCUAUGUCGAGCUGUUCUUGAACUCAACAGCAGGUGGCAGUAACGGCGCCUACAGCAGCCAGAUGAUGGGUGGCAUGGGGAACCAGUCGUCAUACAGCGGGGGCCAGCUGAGCUCGGGGUAUUCUGGUGGAUACAGCAGCCAGGGGAAUAUGGGCGGCUACAGUGACUACAUUAGGUAACCAGGGCGGAAUGGGAAGCAGUUACUACGGCGGCGGCGGUGGAGGAGGAGGAAGCAGAGGCUCUAUGAAUGGAAUCAGUGGGGGAUGGGGAAUGUAGUUUUUUUUGUUCCUCCUUAAUAUGACGUGUUUUUUUAAGUCAGCAUUUUGCUGGAAGGACUGGAAAGGCAAGUCUCACCUAGUUAACAUAGGGUAGGAUCAGGUGAGGUUUUUUUCAAAAUAUCAAGGGAGGGGGUAGGGUUUGUAUUUCUUUUUUUUAAGUGGAUGAUCUUCAGCAAGAAUUGAGAUCAUCUGUUGUCAGAGAGAAGCGUUGUUUGUCUUCCCCAUUCCCAACAGUUUUGACACAUCACAGAAACCGUGCUUUAAAUUUUACAUUACCAUGAAGUGUGUCGUUUGUGUUGCCAUUACCAUCAGAACCCUGUCUGUUCCCCAUGUUAACUCAUCCUGCGCCGGUGGUGUUAACAUUACUUUCAAUGGCUGAGUGCAUGAACAAAAAAAAUCAGAACAUUUCUAUCUUCUGAUGUUUGAACCUUGUUUCACCUUCUUCAUAGUGUUUAGCUUUUUUAAUUCCCAAUCUGAAUUUCAGUCCGAGCAUGUUAUGUUUCCUUAAGGUUUGACUGAAAGUUGGGCCGUGUUUUCUGGAUGAGGGAUAUGUCGGGGCAAGUGAAUUUCAAAUCUGUUGACAUGAAGGUUUCUACUGCUUUCGAAUGCUAUUUGUAUUUCCUGUGCACAAAGUGAAUAAACUAGUCUGGAAUAUCUAAUUGAAA